GACAGAUUUUACAAUGUUGCGGCUCGGCACAUGGUGCUUUUCCCUUAAAGUUUUUUGCCACCGCUAAUAAAAAUGAGUGGUGGUUCAAACCAGAGGACUUUGUUUCAGACUUGGGGUGCCUCCGUAUCCCAAAACAAAGUUGUUAAUCCGAAAGAAGAUGGCAAAAAUGCUUUUGGGCGGCCCAGAACGACUCCAAGCAACAGUGCUCAGGUAGCUGCAGCACACCCUUCUAAUCCUCUCUGGACUGAAAAUGGUCAGGGGUCAGCAUAUACGUUAAUGAACCCUUUGAGGACAGAGGACCCCAUGCCUCUGUAUGAAGAGGAAGAUGAUGAUCUGAUGGUGGUUGCUGUCUAUGAAGCUGAAAGGAGCCUGCAGCUUGAUAAUACUAACUCUUUCCAACAUGUCAGACCAGAAGACCCCACACUCUCUCUGACCCUCUCAGGUGGGCAGACAUAUCCAGACUUCCCUGGCUUUGACAGCUCCUCAGCUAAGGUAUGGAUCUACCCAACCAACUAUCCUGUCAGGGAGUACCAGCUCAAGAUAUCAGAAACUGCCUUGUUUCAGAACACCUUGGUGUGUCUUCCCACUGGGCUGGGAAAGACCUUUAUAGCUUCUGUGGUUAUGUACAACUUUUAUCGCUGGUAUCCAUCAGGCAAGAUUGUGUUCAUGGCUCCCACCAAGCCUCUAGUGGCCCAACAAAUUGAGGCGUGUUAUAAAGUGAUGGGGAUCCCACAGGCACACAUGGCUGAGCUGACAGGUAGCACAGCAGCAAAGCAGAGGCAAGAGGUGUGGAGGUCCAAGCGGGUCUUCUUUCUCACUCCUCAGGUCAUGGUUAACGAUCUGUCCAGAGACACCUGCCCGGCCCAGCAGGUCAAGUGUUUGGUGAUCGAUGAAGCCCACAAGGCACUGGGAAACCAUGCAUACUGCCAGGUCAUCAGACUGCUUGGCAGCCAGACUUUGCAGUUCCGCAUAUUGGCUCUUAGCGCAACUCCAGGUGGCGAUACAAAGUCAGUGCAAUCUGUGAUCUCCAAUUUGCUCAUCUCCCAUAUCGAGCUACGUUCAGAAGACAGCCCUGACAUCCAGGCUCACACCCACCAGCGAAGUGUGGAGAAAGUUGUGGUUCCUCUGGGUGAGGCCCUUUCAGCUUACCAGACACGCUACAUACAGGUGCUGGAGAAAUUCAUGUCUCGUCUGGUCCAGAACCGGGUGAUGGGCCACAAGGACCUGCGGACUCUUACCAAGUACCAGCUCAUUCUCGCCAGGGAUCAGUUCAGAAAGAAUCCACCGCCACACGUCAAGGGUCCACAGCAGGGAAUGCUGGAGGGCGACUUUGCCCUUUGCAUCAGCCUGUACCAUGGCUACGAGCUGCUGAUGCAGAUGGGCCUCCGAUCACUCUUCUUUUACAUCCAGGGAAUCAUGGACGGAUCCAGAGAGAUGUCCAGGGCCAAGAAUGAACUGCAGAGGACUUCCACCUUCAUGGACUUCUACAAAGAGAUGGAAGCUAUGUUUAUGAAGCCAUCUGCUGGUCCAGAUGAGCCAUUCAUUUACAGUCAUCCCAAACUGGAGAAACUGGAGGAGGUUGUGCUGCAGCAUUUCAGACUGUGGGCUGAGAACUCAACAGACAAUAAGGGUCCUCAGGGGGUAAGUACACGAGUGAUGAUAUUUUCAUCAUUUCGGGAGAGCGUACAGGAGAUCGCAGCCAUGUUGAACCACCACGCCCCGCUGAUCAGGGUCAUGACAUUUAUGGGUCAAGCUUCAGCUGGGAAGGGGGUCAAAGGCUUCACCCAAAAGGAGCAACUGGAGGUGGUGCACAAGUUCAGACAGGGGGGCUUCAACACGCUGGUGUCAACCUGUGUGGGGGAAGAGGGGCUGGAUAUUGGCGAGGUAGACCUCAUUGUUUGUUUUGAUGCACAGAAGAAUCCCAUUCGCUUGGUGCAGCGAAUGGGGCGAACCGGACGCAAGCGUCAGGGACGCAUCGUUGUCAUCCUGGCUCAGGGACGGGAAGAGAGGACCUACAAUCAGAGCCAGAGCAACAAGCGCAGUGUGUACAAGUCCAUCACUAGCAACAAGAGUGGGUUCCACAUGUACCCCAACAGUCCCCGCAUGCUUCCCGAGGGGCUGAACCCCAAACUCCAUAAGAUGCAUAUUACCUGUGGGCAGUUUGACCACCAGGAGAACAGCAGGCGGUCUGUCAGGGGUCGACGGUCCCACUCUGAGCGACGGGCCUCACUUAUCCACCCUCAAAACCUGAUUCAACAAGGCAGUUCAACAUCCAGUUGGUUUCUGAGCAGUACAGAAUAUUCCCUAUGGGAGUCAACCAUGAAGCUGGAGGACACUGAGGCUCAUCCAACCCUGAAGCCGUCACACUUCCUGUCCAUACCCAGUGACCCACUGCCUCAGGAGGAUUUUUCCAAAGGCAAACAACCAUUCAGAGAGCUGUCUUUGUGGGAAUGGAGACACUGGCAAUACAGAGCACUUCCUUCCCAUGUUGUUGAUCAUUCCCUCCGCUGCAACCACUUUAUUAAGGUGAUGGAGCUCAUUGACCGCAUGAGAGAGGAAAAUGAGGGGGAAUGUCGUUACGAACAGGAACUUCUUCCUUACCUCGAUAAAAUGGACACUGUGAACAGCAGACAGAAGAAACAGAAGGGCACAAAGACCUGCACCAAAACCACUAAAAACAAACCGAAACCAUCCCAUUCAUCUUGGUCUGAACUGCAGUUUAUCGAUGAGGAAUUUGAGGGGGAGGAUACACGAACAGCUGGGUUAUUAACCACACUGGCCACGAUGAAACAAAGGCCUCCUGCUGAGCAUAAUAAUGAGGUACCUUAUGAUGGCAGCAGAGAUCACUUAAAACUGGAGACAGUUUGUUUGUUUCCAUCAAAUAGUCAGAUUGCUGAUAUUCAUAAAUGUACAACUGUUAUUGAGGACCUUACUGAAGCAGACAGAGAACCUGUGAAUUUAGACAAUAUGUCAGAGCUGCCUGCUAAAAAUGAUGACGAUGAAGAUGUUGAACUUCAGGCAAUUUUCUACCUCCCUAAAUGGGAUGCAGCCCCACUGCUCUGCUCUGACAAGCUCCUCCCAGGAAGAGAUGAGAGUCUGAAGGUCAUUCUGGCCAACGUGGAUGAACUCCUGUCCCGAUCUCCGCCGUCACUCAUUGAUGAUUUAGAGGCCCCUCCAUCACUUCCUUCUUCUCCUCAACACCCUCCUCAGCCCUUCCUAGUCAGCUUUAGCUUGGAUGUGGAUGACGACAACGACAGUGAUGACGUGAUAAUGAAAGUUCCCGAGAAGCCUCCUGGCGAGCCCCCAAAGGGUAAAGAGGGCAGUAAAAUCUCUCCUGACUGGCCUGAUCACAAGAAGCAGCCUGUCAGAGUAGCAGCCAACAGUCCAACCUGGGAUGAGGUUUUUGGGGAGGAAGUAAAUGAUAUUUAUGAUAUCGGGGAUGACGACAAGGAGACAGAUGAUGAAAAGUGCAAUGGCUUCAAGGAAGAUCAGGUUCACAUAGAAGCUGAUGGUGCGAGUGAGGAAAAACAGAGCUGGAAUGAUGUGAGGGAUGAAGUAAUGCCACACUUGACAGAUGCUGAUUUGAAAGAUGAUAAAGCCUCUGAGCACAGCUCAGAGAUGGAUGAGAGCAUUGAUCUGUUCGGGGAUGAUGAAGCCUUCCUGCAGAUGACCAUUCCCGAUGUCCCCACUCCUGAGGAUGUCGUCACACCCACGACAUCCUCUACAGAGAAGAAGACUGAAACUGUACACACACAUGCCCCAAUAAACCCAUGUAGCACUAUGCUGCCAGCUGAUGGCACCCACAGAUUGAAGACAGUGCAAUCAAAUGGAAUGUCAUGCAGAGAGGAUUUGACCUUUACUUCAAAUGCCAAGAAGAUAAUUCAGGAAACAAACACCCAUAACACUACAGAGACAAAACAUAAUAUGCACACACCAGGACAAGCUAAAACUGUAGCAGAAAAUUCAGUCAUCUGCAAGGCUGUUACACCUCAUUUUAAAUCUUCCGAGUCUUUUGACAGCACCUGUGACUUAUUUUCAGUCAACUUUGACCUUGGCUAUUCACUGGAAGAAUCUGAGGAUGAAGAUGAACUAGAGGCCAUUGCCGCCCCUUGUAUGCUGGCAUCUUCACCGCCGAAAAAGCAGCCAGACUCCACCACAAUUUUGGCAGCUGUCUCUUCCUUUUCUACUCCCUGUAACAGCUUUGCUAAACAGAGAAUACCUGCACUGUGCAGUGAAUCCAAGUUAUCCACACCACAAAUGCUGUCACAAUGUACCACAUCUAAAAGUGGUGCGCUCCCAUCUACAGUCGCAUCCCCGGGAGCAAGGCGAACCCUCAUGCCUGGUCUGCCCUCCAGCUUGAAACGGAGACGAGCACAAGGUGGCACCACUAUAGCAGAGAGAGGGUCAAAUGAGGUUUCUGACACCUUUCCUCUUCCAGUGGAGGGCAACAGUGACAGUGAGGAUGAAGUUGUGCUUCAUAAAAGAAGACAUCCAAACAAAGUCAACCCCUUAUCAUCCCCAGACGUGAACAACAGUGAUGUCGACUCCCCGGUGGCAGUGAAAAGAAAACAUGCUGCUGCACUCAAUACUUCUGAUGAAAUGGAAUCUGCUUCUGAUGAUGACUUCCGUAAUGAGUCCGUAUUUGCGCACAGAGCCACAGCACAGGGAGCUGAGAGUAAACAGGCCAAAGCCAAGCGCACCAAAUGUCGAAAAGGGCGACAGUUCCUGGAUGAAGAAGCACAGCUGUCAGAGCUUGAGGAAGGGGUAGAGGUCUCAUCUGAUGAAGAGGAUGGAGAAGAACAGAAUCGGUCUCUUGACGGCUUUGUGGUCGACAACACACACGUCUCUCAGGGCCUGAAUGACUCAGAGAUGCAUGGGAUCUACCUGAAGUCAGUGAGAAGCCCUGCAGUCCAGGGUAAAUUCAAAAUGUCCCACAGAAGCCAUCACAACAUGGACAUAUUUUCCCAGGUGCCAGAGGUGGAUGAGACAUAUGAAGAGGACAGCUUUGUGGUGGGCAGUGAUGUGGAGGAGGUGGGCACCAGUGAGGAAGAUGCUGAAGAUGUUGAACUUCUGCCUGAGGCCUCGUUUGUGGAUGGGAGAAGGCAGUAUGCCACCAGGCGCCGCGUUUUCCUGCACAAAGCCAGAGCAAGAGGCACCACAAAAACCAGAGUUCAGUCUCCCCCUGAACAGAGAGCUGAGAAGAAAACCAAACGCACCCGGGUCAUACAAAUUAAUGAUUCUAGCGAGGAGGAGACAGAUGAAGUCAAUAAAGACAGGAGUCCCAGAGCAGGAAGUGGUGUGGUACCUUUGUUGCCAAAGAUGGUACAGCCAGAGUCUUGCAGGCUCCAGCAGCAGCAGAAAGCUGUGUCCUCUGCUUCUGCGACUUUAUCUUCCAAGGUCUCACUUUUGAACAAAGCACAAAGGAGCUCUGUGAGUGAAGAACAGCAAAAUGAGAGGUGUCGCCAGAGGAUAGAAAAUCAACAUCUCCUCUCUGAUGAGCUAGACUUCGUGGAGUCAGAACUACAUGUUUCCUCAAAGAAACCAUUCCAGGCACUCCCUCCCACUUCCUUGGCUCCUCAGACAUCCAGAGCUCAGGAUUUAAUAGUGAGCGAGACCCCUGCUUCAUCUGGGUCUGUAUGCAUUCUGGUGGACAGUCGCUGCAUCAGUAGUGGAGUGGAGCUGCUGACCAGCCUGCGUCAGCGCCACGCAGCCACCGUGCAAGUCUGCUCUUUGGACAGCAGCUACUUCAUUGUCAGCAAUCGCAUGGCUGUGGAAAGGCACAGCCAAUCAGAUCUGGCUGCAACGCAGAAUCGGAAGCGACUGGCGGAAAGAGUGAACAGCUUGCAGGGGUUGUUUGAGCGCGUGUGCAUGAUAGUGGAAAAAGAUCGGACCAAGACGGGUGAGGCGUCACGUCCAUUUCAGCGAACUCGCUACUAUGACAGCACUUUGGCUGCUCUGGUGCGUGCAGGGGUCCGCCUGCUGUGGAGCGAUGGCGCUGAAGAGAGCGCCGGAUUGCUGGCAGAUAUGGCGCGUCUGGAGCAUCGUAAGGGGCAUGCCAUCGCUGUACCAUUGGAAGCCAAAGGACAGCAAAGGCAGCAAGCGCUGCAGCUGUACUUGAGCUUGCCUUCAGUCAACUAUGUUCAAGCUCUUAACAUGAGCCACAACUUCACAACAAUCGCCCAACUAAUAAACAGCCCAGUUGAAACCAUACAGAAGGGAGGGUGUAUGAGUCGACCCAAAGCUGAGGAGAUCUAUCGGUUCCUGCGGUACUCCUGCGACUCCUGCCUUUUGAACGCAUCAAAAUCAGGAAUAAACAGCUAGCACACUAGUUGGAUUUCUUUCCACUACAUACAUUCUUCAGCUGCUUUCUGCCUUUCUCUUUGACUCAGGAACUAGAGGACAGCAGUUACAAUAAUUCAGUGACUGCUAAUAUUAUAUUAAAAUAUAUAUAUAUAUAUAUGUAUAUUAUAUUGCAUCUCAAUGAGAGAAGAGUUUUAGGAUCUUGGUUCAUCCUUUUUGCACAACAAGUUGAAGGGGCACAGCACUCAACUUUAUGUUAAACACCAUGGGUUUCUUGAAAGUGUACAUUAAGCUAAUUAGACAGUAUUAAACACUGGUAAGAGCUCAAUAAUUGGCACCUAAAUAACUAAUAAUAAUGGAUGUUUGUUUUCUUUAAUAAACCGCAAUAUUUUUGUAAUGUGUUUAUUAGUUUUCUGCUUCACCCCGAGAAAGAAGUCCCUUUCAAACCCAGCACAGAGUACAACCUGACAACUUACUACACUGGACGUCUCCCAACAAACCCCAGGACUGUAAACACAUACAUGGAUUUUAUUUUAUUUUUUAAACUAAUUUAAAGGCAGCUCAUCCAUUCAUCCA